GUUUCCCACAGUUCUGUGCGCCCGCAGCCAUUUCGAUUCCCUCACCUGCAGUUUAACGUGCUGCAGCUCAAACUCAACGUUUGUUCUCCGAUUUAUUUUUUUUUAAUUUCACGCGUUUGCUCCAGAAGAAGAUUUUUGUGCGCGGGCGCGUGUGAAGACUUUGAAUCGCCAACAUGCCGCGGAUUAUGAUCAAAGGAGGCGUGUGGCGCAACACUGAGGAUGAGAUUCUCAAAGCUGCUGUAAUGAAAUAUGGCAAAAAUCAGUGGUCUCGAAUCGCGUCCUUGCUGCACCGCAAAUCGGCCAAGCAGUGUAAAGCCAGAUGGUACGAGUGGCUGGAUCCCAGCAUCAAGAAAACAGAAUGGUCACGUGAGGAAGAGGAGAAACUUCUUCACCUGGCCAAACUCAUGCCCACCCAGUGGAGGACGAUCGCCCCCAUCAUCGGACGGACGGCUGCUCAGUGUCUGGAGCAUUACGAAUAUCUGCUAGAUAAAGCCGCUCAGAGAGAGAAUGAAGACGACGUGGGCGAUGACCCUCGCAAGCUUAAACCGGGAGAGAUCGACCCAAACCCUGAGACCAAACCAGCCAGACCUGACCCUGUGGACAUGGAUGAAGAUGAGCUGGAGAUGCUGUCUGAAGCCAGAGCUCGUCUGGCCAACACGCAAGGCAAGAAGGCAAAGCGGAAAGCCCGAGAGAAGCAGCUGGAGGAAGCACGUCGUCUGGCGGCGCUUCAGAAGCGCAGGGAGCUGCGAGCCGCGGGCAUCGACAUCCAGAGGAAGCGCAAGAAGAAGAGAGGUGUCGACUAUAAUGCCGAGAUCCCGUUUGAGAAGAAACCCGCGCAGGGCUUCUACGAUACGUCCAUGGAGCAGUACGAUCCUUUGGCACCAGACUUCAAACGACUGCGCCAGCAGCAUCUCGAUGGAGAACUCAGGAGUGAGAAGGAGGAUCGCGACCGAAAGAAGGACAGACAGAAGAUCAAGAAGAAAAAGGAGUCCGAUCUGCCCUCGGCCAUCCUGCAGACCAGUGGAGUGUCAGAGUUUACAAAGAAGAGGAGCAAACUGGUGCUUCCGGCGCCGCAGAUCUCUGAUGCUGAGUUGGAGGAGGUUGUGAAGCUGGGUCAGGCCAGCGAAAUCGCCCGACAGACCGCCGAGGAGUCUGGAAUCACAAACUCUGCCUCUAGCGCUCUUCUGUCCGAAUACAACGUGACCAAUAACUCCAUGGCUCUGCGCACACCCAGAACUCCUGCGGCACAGGACAAGAUCCUGCAGGAAGCCCAGAACCUGAUGGCACUUACUAACGUGGACACUCCUCUUAAAGGAGGCCUGAACACCCCCCUGCAUGAGAGCGACUUCUCUGGCGUCACACCACAGAGACAGGUGGUCCAGACGCCCAACACGGUGCUGUCUACACCCUUCAGAACCCCCAGUCACGGAGCCGAGGGCAUGACCCCUCACGGCGGGAUGACUCCUAAACCCUCGGUGGGAGUGACCCCGGGCAGGACCCCGCUGCGGGACAAGCUCAACAUCAACACGGAGGAGGGUGGCGUGGACUACAGCGACCCGUCAUUCGCCAAACACUUGCAAAGGGAGUCCCGCGAGCAGCUCCGGCUGGGCUUGAUGUCUCUCCCGGUGCCCAAAAAUGACUUCGAGAUCGUUCUUCCCGAAAACGCUGAGAAAGAGCUGGAGGAAGCCGAGGUGGACGAGAGUUUUGUGGAGGAUGCGGCCGAGAUAGAGCUCCGUAAACAGGUCGCCCGAUAAGCCGAGAGGGAGAAGGAGCUGCGCCAGAGACACACGUCAGUUCAGAGAGAUUUACCAAGACCUUCAGAGGUGAAUGAGACUAUACUCCGGCCUCAUAACGUGGAGCCGCCGCUGACAGACCUGCAGCAGGCUGAAGAACUCAUUAAGAAAGAAAUGAUCACCAUGAUCCACUUCGACUGUCUGCAUCACCCCUUCAGCGAAGCGCAAGCCAAGAAGGGGAAAGGUAUGGGAUCCGGCUCCAACAACGCAGAGCACAUCGCUUUCCUGGAGAAGUCCCCCUACGAGAAGGUUUCCGAGGAAGAGCUCAAAAAGGCCGGAGAGCUGCUGGCUCAGGAGAUGGAGGUGGUGAAGCACGGCAUGGGUCAUGGAGAUCUGUCCAUGGAGGCGUUUAACCAGGUGUGGGAGGAGUGUUACAGUCAGGUCCUGUACCUGCCCGGACAGAGCCGUUACACUCGAGCCAAUCUGGCCAGCAAGAAGGACCGGAUCGAGUCUCUGGAGAAGAAGCUGGAGAUCAACAGAGGUCACAUGACCACAGAGGCCAAGCGUGCAGCAAAGAUGGAGAAGAAGAUGAAGAUUCUGCUGGGAGGCUAUCAGUCGAGGGCCAUGGGUCUGCUCAAACAGCUCAGUGAACUCUGGGAUCAGGUGGAGCAGGCCCACAUGGAGCUCCACACCUUCCAGGAGCUGAAGAAACAGGAAGACUUCGCCAUUCCACGCAGACAGGAGGCUCUGAGAGAGGACGUCCAGAGACAGCAGGACCGAGAGAAAGAGCUGCAGCAGAGGUUCGCAGACCUGCUUCUGGAGAAACAGACGCUCUCUCAGAAGUUCUGAGCGUCUCUGUAGAGCCGCCGGGAUCUCGUUCACGCCGUGUUUCGUUUUUAACAUGUUUUUCACGUUGACCUCGUGAGUGUAAAUAUCGUCUGCUUCGCGGUAUGGCUUUUCAGUGUCAUUUUUAGGUUUGUGCCGAGUGUGAGAAGCUCAUUUUCAGGUGUAGACUGGAAUUGUGACUGGCAUCGACAUUGUAUAUCAUUUACCAAAUAAAUCAUCAGCUCUGAUUCGAUCUAA